AUUCCGGAGCAGGCUGCUUUGACUCCGACCACAGGCUGUUUUGUGCAGGCUGUCCCUCUUCUUCAAAAUCGUGCAUCCCCUCCCCGAAGCAGCAGGCAGUGUGCCUCCAUUCAGCCACAUUUGGUAUGCAUGAGCACGGCUGCAGAGAGAGGGGAGGUGGCUUUUUUAAGAAGGUUCAGGGGCUCAGGCAAGGCUACUUGACUAGUCUUCCAAGUUCCAGGAAGCCUCUGCCCUAAUGGAAUUUGCAGGUGUGGAGAUGACCAUGGGAUGCCAGAGCCGUGGGGGACAGUUUAUUUUCUAGGCAUUGCUCAGGUUUUCAGUUUCUUGUUUUCCUGGUGGAAUUUGGAAGGGGUCAUGAAUCAGGCUGAUGCUCCUCGACCCCUAAACUGGACCAUCCGGAAGCUGUGCCACGCAGCCUUUCUUCCAUCUGUCAGACUUCUGAAGGCUCAGAAAUCCUGGAUAGAAAGAGCAUUUUAUAAAAGAGAAUGUGUCCACAUCAUACCCAGCACCAAAGACCCCCAUAGGUGUUGCUGUGGGCGUCUGAUAGGCCAGCAUGUUGGCCUCACCCCCAGUAUCUCCGUGCUUCAGAAUGAGAAAAAUGAAAGUCGCCUCUCCCGAAAUGACAUCCAGUCCGAAAAGUGGUCCAUCAGCAAACACACUCAACUCAGCCCUACAGAUGCUUUUGGGACCAUUGAGUUCCAAGGAGGUGGCCAUUCCAACAAAGCCAUGUAUGUGCGAGUAUCUUUUGAUACAAAACCUGAUCUCCUCUUACACCUGAUGACCAAGGAAUGGCAGUUGGAACUUCCCAAGCUUCUCAUCUCUGUCCAUGGGGGCCUGCAGAACUUUGAACUCCAGCCAAAACUCAAGCAAGUCUUUGGGAAAGGGCUCAUCAAAGCAGCUAUGACAACUGGAGCAUGGAUAUUCACUGGAGGGGUUAACACAGGUGUUAUUCGUCAUGUUGGAGAUGCCUUGAAGGAUCAUGCCUCUAAGUCUCGAGGCAAGAUAUGCACCAUAGGUAUUGCCCCCUGGGGAAUUGUGGAAAACCAGGAGGACCUCAUUGGAAGAGAUGUUGUCCGGCCAUACCAGACCAUGUCCAAUCCCAUGAGCAAGCUCACUGUUCUCAACAGCAUGCAUUCCCACUUCAUUCUGGCUGACAACGGGACCACUGGAAAAUAUGGAGCAGAGGUGAAACUUCGGAGACAACUGGAAAAGCAUAUUUCACUCCAGAAGAUAAACACAAGAUGCCUGCCAUUUUUCUCUCUUGACUCCCGCUUGUUUUAUUCAUUUUGGGGUAGUUGCCAGUUAGACUCAGUUGGAAUCGGUCAAGGUGUUCCUGUGGUGGCACUCAUAGUGGAAGGAGGACCCAAUGUGAUCUCGAUUGUUUUGGAGUACCUUCGAGACACCCCUCCCGUGCCAGUGGUUGUCUGUGAUGGGAGUGGACGGGCAUCGGACAUCCUGGCCUUUGGGCAUAAAUACUCAGAAGAAGGCGGACUGAUAAAUGAAUCUUUGAGGGACCAGCUGUUGGUGACUAUACAGAAGACUUUCACAUACACUCGAACCCAAGCUCAGCAUCUGUUCAUCAUCCUCAUGGAGUGCAUGAAGAAGAAGGAAUUGAUUACGGUAUUUCGGAUGGGAUCAGAAGGACACCAGGACAUUGAUUUGGCUAUCCUGACAGCUUUACUCAAAGGAGCCAAUGCCUCGGCCCCAGACCAACUGAGCUUAGCUUUAGCCUGGAACAGAGUCGACAUCGCUCGCAGCCAGAUCUUUAUUUACGGGCAACAGUGGCCGGUGGGAUCUCUGGAGCAAGCCAUGUUGGAUGCCUUAGUUCUGGACAGAGUGGAUUUUGUGAAAUUACUCAUAGAGAAUGGAGUAAGCAUGCACCGUUUUCUCACCAUCUCCAGACUAGAGGAAUUGUACAAUACGAGACAUGGGCCCUCAAAUACAUUGUACCACUUGGUCAGGGAUGUCAAAAAGCGAGAGUAUCCAGGUUUCGGUUGGAUCUAUUUUAAGGGGAACCUGCCCCCAGACUACAGAAUCAGCCUGAUUGACAUCGGCCUGGUGAUCGAGUACCUGAUGGGCGGGGCUUAUCGCUGCAACUACACGCGCAAGCGCUUCCGGACCCUCUACCACAACCUCUUCGGCCCCAAGAGGCCCAAAGCCUUGAAACUGCUGGGAAUGGAGGAUGAUAUUCCCUUGAGGCGAGGAAGAAAGACAACCAAGAAACGUGAAGAAGAGGUGGACAUUGACUUGGAUGAUCCUGAGAUUAACCACUUCCCCUUCCCUUUCCAUGAGCUCAUGGUGUGGGCUGUCCUCAUGAAGCGGCAGAAGAUGGCCCUGUUCUUCUGGCAGCACGGUGAGGAGGCCAUGGCCAAGGCCCUGGUGGCCUGCAAGCUCUGCAAAGCCAUGGCUCAUGAGGCCUCUGAGAACGACAUGGUUGACGACAUUUCCCAGGAGCUGAAUCACAAUUCCAGAGACUUUGGCCAGCUGGCUGUGGAGCUCCUGGACCAGUCGUACAAGCAGGACGAACAGCUGGCCAUGAAACUGCUGACGUAUGAGCUGAAGAACUGGAGCAACGCCACGUGCCUGCAGCUUGCGGUUGCUGCCAAACACCGCGACUUCAUCGCGCACACGUGCAGCCAGAUGCUACUCACCGACAUGUGGAUGGGCCGGCUCCGCAUGCGCAAGAACUCAGGCCUCAAGGUAAUUCUGGGAAUUCUACUUCCUCCUUCAAUUCUCAGCUUGGAGUUCAAGAACAAAGACGACAUGCCCUAUAUGUCUCAGGCCCAGGAAAUCCACCUCCAAGAGAAGGAGGCAGAAGAACCAGAGAAGCCCACAAAGGAAAAAGAGGAAGAGGACAUGGAGCUCACAGCAAUGUUGGGACGAAACAACGGGGAGUCCUCCAGGAAGAAGGAUGAAGAGGAAGUUCAGAGCAGGCACCGGUUAAUCCCCCUCGGCAGAAAAAUCUAUGAAUUCUACAAUGCACCCAUUGUGAAGUUCUGGUUCUACACACUGGCGUAUAUCGGAUACCUGAUGCUCUUCAACUAUAUCGUGUUAGUGAAGAUGGAACGCUGGCCGUCCACCCAGGAAUGGAUCGUCAUCUCCUAUAUUUUCACCCUGGGAAUAGAAAAGAUGAGAGAGAUUCUGAUGUCAGAGCCAGGGAAGUUGCUACAGAAAGUGAAGGUAUGGCUGCAGGAGUACUGGAAUGUCACGGACCUCAUCGCCAUCCUUCUGUUUUCUGUUGGAAUGAUUCUUCGUCUCCAAGACCAGCCCUUCAGGAGUGACGGGAGGGUCAUCUACUGCGUGAACAUCAUUUACUGGUAUAUCCGUCUCCUAGACAUCUUCGGCGUGAACAAGUAUUUGGGCCCGUAUGUAAUGAUGAUUGGAAAAAUGAUGAUAGACAUGAUGUACUUUGUCAUCAUUAUGCUGGUGGUUCUGAUGAGCUUUGGGGUCGCCAGGCAAGCCAUCCUUUUUCCCAAUGAGGAGCCGUCAUGGAAACUGGCCAAGAACAUCUUCUACAUGCCCUAUUGGAUGAUUUAUGGGGAAGUGUUUGCAGACCAGAUAGACCCUCCCUGUGGACAGAAUGAGACCCGAGAGGAUGGUAAAAUAAUCCAGCUGCCUCCCUGCAAGACAGGAGCUUGGAUCGUGCCGGCCAUCAUGGCCUGCUACCUCUUAGUGGCAAACAUCUUGCUGGUCAACCUCCUCAUUGCUGUCUUUAACAAUACAUUUUUUGAAGUAAAAUCGAUAUCCAACCAAGUCUGGAAGUUUCAGAGGUAUCAGCUCAUCAUGACUUUCCAUGAAAGGCCAGUUCUGCCCCCACCACUGAUCAUCUUCAGCCACAUGACCAUGAUAUUCCAGCACCUGUGCUGCCGAUGGAGGAAACAGGAGAGCGACCCGGAUGAAAGGGACUACGGCCUGAAGCUCUUCAUAACCGAUGAUGAGCUCAAGAAAGUACAUGACUUUGAAGAGCAAUGCAUAGAAGAAUACUUCAGAGAAAAGGAUGAUCGGUUCAACUCAUCUAAUGAUGAGAGGAUACGGGUGACUUCAGAAAGGGUGGAGAACAUGUCUAUGCGGCUGGAGGAAGUCAACGAGAGAGAGCACUCCAUGAAGGCUUCACUCCAGACCGUGGACAUCCGGCUGGCACAGCUGGAAGACCUUAUCGGGCGUAUGGCCACAGCUCUGGAGCGCCUGACAGGUCUGGAGCGGGCCGAGUCCAACAAAAUCCGCUCGAGGACCUCGUCAGACUGCACGGACGCAGCCUACAUUGUCCGUCAGAGCAGCUUCAACAGCCAGGAAGGGAACACCUUCAAGCUCCAAGAGAGUAUAGACCCUGCAGGUGAGGAGACCAUGUCCCCAACUUCUCCAACCUUAAUGCCCCGUAUGCGAAGCCAUUCUUUCUAUUCGGUCAAUAUGAAAGACAAAGGUGGUAUAGAAAAGUUGGAAAGUAUUUUUAAAGAAAGGUCCCUGAGCCUACACCGGGCUACUAGUUCCCACUCUGUAGCAAAAGAACCCAAAGCUCCUGCAGCCCCUGCCAACACCUUGGCCAUUGUUCCUGAUUCCAGAAGACCAUCAUCGUGUAUAGACAUCUAUGUCUCUGCUAUGGAUGAGCUCCACUGUGAUAUAGACCCUCUGGACAAUUCCGUGAACAUCCUUGGGCUGGGCGAGCCAAGCUUUUCAACUCCAGUACCUUCCACAGCCCCUUCAAGUAGUGCCUAUGCAACACUUGCACCCACAGACAGACCUCCAAGCCGGAGCAUUGAUUUCGAGGACAUCACCUCCAUGGACACUAGAUCUUUUUCUUCAGACUACACCCACCUCCCAGAAUGCCAAAACCCCUGGGACUCAGAGCGUCCGAUGUACCACACCAUUGAGCGUUCCAAAAGCAGCCGCUACCUAGCCACCACACCCUUUCUUCUAGAAGAGGCUCCCAUUGUGAAAUCUCACAGCUUUAUGUUUUCCCCCUCAAGGAGCUAUUAUGCCAACUUUGGGGUGCCUGUAAAAACAGCAGAAUACACAAGUAUUACAGACUGUAUUGACACAAGGUGUGUCAAUGCCCCUCAAGCAAUUGCGGACAGAGCUGCCUUCCCUGGAGGUCUUGGAGACAAAGUGGAGGACUUAACUUGCUGCCAUCCAGAGCGAGAAGCAGAACUGAGUCACCCCAGCUCUGACAGUGAGGAGAAUGAGGCCAAAGGCCGCAGAGCCACCAUUGCAAUAUCCUCCCAGGAGGGUGAUAACUCAGAGAGAACCCUGUCCAACAACAUCACUGUUCCCAAGAUAGAGCGCGCCAACAGCUACUCGGCAGAGGAGCCAAGUGCGCCAUAUGCACACACCAGGAAGAGCUUCUCCAUCAGUGACAAACUCGACAGGCAGCGGAACACAGCAAGCCUGCGAAAUCCCUUCCAGAGAAGCAAGUCCUCCAAGCCGGAGGGCCGAGGGGACAGCCUGUCCAUGAGGAGACUGUCCAGAACAUCGGCUUUCCAAAGCUUUGAAAGCAAGCACAACUAAACCUUCUUAAUAUCUGCCACAGAAGGCUCAAGAAUCCAGCCCUAAAAUUCUCUCCAACUCCAGUUUUUCCCCUUUCCUUGAAUCAUACCUGCUUUAUUCUUAGCUGAGCAAAACAAGCAAUGCUUUGGGAGGUGUUAACUCAAAGGUGACUUCUGGGCCACAGAUCAAGAAAGCAUUUGAUCUGACCCAGUGCCAGACACAGGGGAUUUAAGGCAUGUUCACACGUGCUGGGCAGGGAGGGGGAAGAGAGGGAGAAGGAAGGGUUAGAGAUGAAUGUGUAUCCGCAGUCACAGCAGAAAGCCAUGAGAGCAGGGGAAACAAGGGGCUUCGAGCACACUCCAUGCCAGGAGGCAUCUGUUGAUUUCUGACCAUUAUCAAGAGUUGUAGGAUGCAGGGCUAAAUUGCAAAAUAAAAUAAAAUAGCCAGCGUACACAAUGAGAUAUUCUAAACUUCCAUUCUGUUUUCUUUUCACAUUGGCUCCAUCACUGGUGACUGAUGAAGAGCAUCCUCUUUAUUCAGUAUAAGCCGGCAGCAAGCAGUUCUACCUAACGUCCCACAUCCUUCUCAUGCCAACACUUCUGUAAUUGAUCAUUAUAAAGAAAAAACAAGGUAACAGUCAUAGUUCACCUGUCUCUUAUCUAUUCACUUCUGGUGCCACAACUGUUUAUCCUUUUUUGAAGAAAAUAAGGGAACAGAAAUGCCUUUUUGUAUUGCAAUCGAAAUGAAAGAAGAGUUGAUGUUAAAAAAACAAAAGUCAAGUGAUUUAUUAUAUACAGUGGGCGUUCAAGUCUAGUCGAGCAAGCUCAGGAGAAUGUAAUUAAAUAAUUUUAUAUUUUUUAAUUUAUUUUGUAUCUCACCUGUCAUGGAUGAAUUCAUUCACUGAAUAUGUAAUAUUGAACUUAAAAAAAAAAAAAAAGAACAGUGGACAGAACUAGCCUGAAAUUGCCAUGUGGGAUGUUCUGUUCUCACCAUUCAUGUCGUGUGUUGUGCUGCUGUGUGACCGUCAUCAUUUGCAUGGCUCCACCACGUCCUCCUGAACACCUCCAAGACGUAACUGCCAAUUUUUCACACCACUCAUCACAUGACCAUUUUGUAUAUGAAUAUAUGGUUAUAUGUGGAUAUUUUCAUACCUAGAGUUUUGCCAUCUAAUCUGAGCUCAGCAUAAAUUUAAUUGGAGUUUUUCAAGGGCUGGUAUCUUUUCUAUGGAAAUGUUCCAAAGUCCUUUUUAAGGAAGUUUCAAAACUAUAAAUAACCUUAGAUUUGACUGGGAGUUUGGUAUCAACCCAAAGCCAUCAGUUGCAAGCAUACCAUGAAUAUUUUUCUUAUAGACAGAGCUAUAAAGAAAGAUACAGUAGACCAAAAUAGAAAGCAAAUAAACCAUAUAAAGAGUUCUAUAGUAUAUGCCACUUAUACACAUGUAUAUGCAUUUAUGCAGAGACACAUAUUUAUAUAUAAAAUAAAUGGACAUAAAGAGCUUUCUUAAGAGGCUUGGACUUUUCUAUCACCUUGAAGUAUAAUCAAGAUUUUUUUUAAUAUACAAGAAGUUCCAUUGAAAGAGUUCCUUAUACUAUUAGACCAAAUGUUGAAAUUAUGAUUUUUUAAAAUUCCUAUGACUUUUCCUCAUAUCAAACUAGAGUUGUCAAAAUGACUCACUGCUCGCCUUCUGCCCUUUUUUGUCUGAAAUCACUCACUAUCAGGACAUCUUAUUUAUUCUGGCUUUUCCUAAACAAAGUUUUUACACCACGUACAAUCUGAAUAGACACGCAACUUUAAACCAGCUAGUGUUACAGACUCUAAAGUAGAGGCAUAAUCUUCUAGAUCAGAAUCUGGAUUGGAAGUGGGAUAAAGAAAUCUUGACCCCAAAUCUUUGGAUUCCUAUUUGGCUCAUUAAUGUUUAAAAAAGAAUAAAGCCUUUAAGGAAAACAAUCUAUUGUUCCUGGCCUGAGAUACUACCUGGUUCUUUUGUUUAAUUAUAAUUGAAAACACCAAGUUUUACUUCAUUUUGUGAAAUCAAGUAAAUACAUGGCCUUUAAAUAUAAGAUAAAAAACAAAAUAAAAACUCUUCUGAAUAAGCAUUUCAGGUAUAAAAAGUGUGAUGAGGUCACAUAUAAAGAAUUAAACAAUUCCUUUUUCACUCCUUGGCAUUUACGUGAAUUGGUAACAAACACCCAGACUCCCUUAUUUACAGCUGUUCUAGAAACACUUAACAUUUUAUUGGACCCCACACUGGCUAUUUCCCUCUCAGCAAACAUGCACUGCGUCUGAGAAUAAAUCAGUCGUUCUUAAACUUCCUUGAGUCAUGAAUCCCUAUGAGGAUCUGAUGAUAACUCUAGGCUCUCUCUCCAGAAAGAAAAAAAAAAUGUACAUAAUGCAAAGUUGCAAUAUAACUUGAAAGGGUUCAUGAGCCCCUGGUUCUAUAUUCAUUAUGAGGGAAAGGAACCAUGUUUGCUCGUAGUUAAUGCAGUUGUAAUAGGCACUUUACAUUUGAGACCAUCUCUCUGUGAUUCUCAGGAAGGCCAAAUCUCAGCACCAGAGUUUGAACAAAGAUUUUGUUAUUUUUGUUCUUUAAAUUAGAUGUUGCCAAUUUAAUGCACUUACAUCCUAACAUGUUGAUGAUUUUAAGUAUCAAGCACAAUCACAGUGCUGAAGUCUCCCUGAAGGGUCUAUAGAGGAAUCCAAGAAGGAGGUGAAAACAUUAUUCAUUGACAUCAAACACCUCCAAGGCCUCAUUCGGGGCCAGAUUGGAAGUGAGGGAAAGAAAUUUUCAGCGCAAGUGUUUCCAUUCAUCGUGAUUUCAGAGAGAAAAGGAUAGGAACUGGGAAACGAAAUACUCAACAGUCCUGAUCUUGCAAUUACCUGAUUAUUUUGUUGUGCAUGAAAAUUAAGUUCUAACGUCUGUGAAACAUGUGAAAUAUAUAAGCCAAACUUAAAUGACUGUAGACACAAACUGUGUAACUUCCAUGAGCCAUUUCCUUCCUGUGCACAUGUAUGUGUGUUAUUUUUCAGUCCAUUUCCUUCCAUUUCCGGGUUCUCUGUGCACCAAUGUGGCAUUGAUUCUGUGGCCUUGUGCAGUCAGCUUAUGCUCAGCCCAUUGAUUCCACCACAUCCCUGAUCGAGGGGACGUUAAUUACCUGUCUUUGUGAAUUAAGCAGUUUAUGAGCAGCAAGUUACUGAGGACCGUAAAUAAAGUCAUAGAGAGCUCAAGGAAGUAAUAGCUUUGGUUUAAUCAUCUGCUUCAAAGGUGCCAAUUUUUACAUACUACUAUAUGUAAUGAUUUGUUAUAAAUUGCUUGUUCCUUUUGAAAAAAAAUUUAAGGAUGUUUUAUGAAAAUGACCAUGGAGGCCUCCUGCUUAACCAAUAUACUUUAUAUUUAUAGUUAGAGGGCCCCUCCUUGAUAGAUUUGAAUGAGGAGCUGGAAAGCUUGGGUACAAUUUUCAUGACUAGUUUGUAUUAUCUCUGCAAGCCAAAAGGUGUAUUAGCAGUCAGAAUACAGCACUUUACAGAACUGGAUUUUUUAAAUGUAUAAGUUUCCAGGUCUAGGAUAUUAUUUAGCACUUUGAAAGUUCCCCUUUUAAAAUAUAUAUAUAAGAAUAAUCAAAUGAGAAAAAUGUACUCAUAAAAACACAAAAUGUGUUUCUUCUGAAUGUUUCAAAUGUAUUCUAAAAUAUGGUUUCUAUAGAUAAUAUUAUGGUAGAUAACUGGAUAGUACUUUUCUUUUUUACUUUCUGAGUCUGUACAGUCUAAUCUUCCUGAAUGUUUGGGCUGUUUAAUUUCUUUAAAGAUGAUAAAUAUUAUCCGGUCAUCCAUCAUGCUCUAUCUAUAGGCUAUACCAUUCAUAUGUUGGUCAAUGCUGUAUUAUAAAACACAUGUAAACAUGUAUGUAACCCAUGUUUAACCCAGCAUAGUUGUAGCAUGUGGUUGUAUUAAUGAACGUUACAGGAGAGCUUUAUAAUCAUUUAUAAAUCUGUAACAUUCAAUAAAGAAACACAUGUUGCAAUGAUUAAUUAUGUUCCCAAUUCCAUGUUAUUUAGCAUCUUUGUGAACUGGGCAUUUUUGUUCCUGAUCUGCUUGAUGCUUUUCAUGUUCCUGUAGACCACUGUAAAAUAUGUGUGUAAGCUGAUGUAUAUCCUCUAAUGAGUCCUGCGAGCUGUGGUAGGCAAGUUGUGAUUUUGUGAAUGGUGAACUGGCAUGUUAUGCAAAAGACUAUAUGACAAAUGAACUUAAAAUGACAUUUUAAACUCCAGUUGAAUUAGCUGUUUACAUCUGCCAACCCCAUGCAGAAGCAGUGUACAGUAUUUUAUAAAUAUGUUCAUUUAGUAACACUAUGUUGUUUCUAGAUAAAGUGAUACUAGUGUGUAGGUUGUUAUAUAUUUGGCCUAGAUAUUGCAUUAUAACUCACUAUCCUUUAACAAUAACAAUGUGACUUAAAUGAAGUAAUCUCUCUCCAAACCUGGUCUUAAUUUUGUGUCAACAAAAUGCAUGCACUGCUUUAUGCAUUUCUUUUGACUUUUCUAAGGCACUUAACAUUUUACUAUUGCCUGCUGUGACGCUUAAGCCAGUUAGGAAUUCACUCAAACAGUUGGGCUUCUUACUAUGGGGAUUAUGUUCAGUUUUGAAAAAUUAAAAACAAAAAAAAAGUAACCAAGGGAUUUUUAAAUCUUUUUUUUUUUUAAGCACUGAACAAAUAAUAUGAAAUAAAGUAUUAACUGCAGGUUGUAUAGCCAUGGGACCCAGAGGUGGCAAGCCAACACCUCUUGGGUCUGCCAAGGUCUAGGUGUUGUGCAUCUGUGAUAUAUGCAAGACACAUUUCUGAUUCUUCAGAGCUACUGGGUGCAAAUUGCUAAGCCGGAGAUGAGAGCGAAAAGUCCAUUUGUGAUAGUGCAGAAGUGCGCAGAUCGCUGUGAAUGUGUGAUCCAAUGACAUGACAAGAGACCUCCCUCCUUGUCUUGUGGCUUCUUCACCUUGGGGGUGAGCCUAGCCUGGGGGUGGGAGGCAUGUGUUUGGGUGUCUGAUGAAGCACUGGGUGGUUCUAAAGAGUUUACUCUUUUAGAAAAUCAUCAUUACUAGAAGCCAUUCAACAUCUGUUAAAGAGAGGAGCCAAUUUGCACAGUUUUGAAAAUGACUGCUCCUAAAAUGAGUAGACAAAACUUUCCUCUCAGCCUGCAUUGACCUAAGCUUUCUCUUCUUUUUACAAGUUGGAUAUUCUGUCUCUCAGAUUGGAGUCAACCAAAAGAAAGGCUGGUUCCAAUUAAGGAAAAGCAAUUUUUUUCUUUUAAUUCCUCUCAGAAGGUAGUUGUGUUACCUUUUCUCUGAUGAUUUCCUUGCACUCAUCACUGCUAAUGAAAGCAACGUGACUGUUUCUACAGGUCAUCUAAGAGAGGAUUUUGGUGACCAGGUAAUCCAGAUGGCAAUAAGAAUGAGGUGAAUUUUCCCUUCCUCACCUUACCUAGUCUACCAACCUCCUUAAACCUGCAGGCCCUUGUGCGUUUGCACAAUGUUUGUGUGCUGGAAACUGAAAAGACAUGUGUAUGGCUAGAAGUCCAUAGGCUUUGUAAAGAGUGUCAGUGCCAAUCAGGACCCAUGCCUUCCUCUGGAGGAGACAGGUGGCUGAGGCCUAUGGGGCAAAGGGGGAAAUUCAGCCUUGUGCCUGGAUGUGCGGCUUUCUUUCUCCCCUCUUCUUGCUUCUCUUCUCUUAGUCUAAGACUAGCUGCUUUUUCACCAGACCAACAGACCCUUGCCCCUGUUACCUUUAUACCUUGUUGACCCUGGCACAGUAAGCUGAAACAGCGGCCACUUGGAAAAAGGCAAACAUUUAGACUUUGUCCCAGGCCUGAUCUUCCCACCAACUUAGCCUCCUUCUGCCUCUACCCCGGCUGGUGUUCACAUUGACCUCGUCCAAUUUUUGCCUCUCUAAAUCUCAAGAGUCCUACACAUCUUCACCGCAGCUUCCCACACAUCAUUAAAACCAGCCAUCUGCACAUAGAUUGAGAGGCUGCAACUUCAAACACAUGGAGGGGCCAGAUCCAGAAAACACAAAUGUGUGAACUGGACUGGUGAAAGUCAACAGAAGUAGGGUUUGUAAGUAAGGCAUGACAGAAUACACAUCCCACCACAAACACCUUCAAAUUCAGCUUUCCAGACACUGUCCUAGCCAAACAAACAUGUCUGUCAGCAGCAUUCAGUCCCAAAGGCAAUAGUUUGGGACCUCUGAUUUAGAGCCAACAGGAUCAGAUUCUUGAUUGUGACUUGGUGAGUGUACACACAAAAUACACUGACAACUGAGAGGGGGGAAAAGAAACUCGCCUUAUUCAGAGUUACUCUUGUUCUGAAUGAUAUAUGCAUGUAUAUUUGUUAGCCACAUAAUUCUAAACUUGAACACAGAGUCUUUGUGAGAGAGAUUCAGAAGAAGAGUACCAUAGCAUGGUAUGAAGACUUACCUGCUUCCUGUCACUACUGCAUCUGACCUGAGUUUAUAUUGCUGCUACCGCUGUGUAAAAACAGUACGUGCAGUAUACUGUACUCAUAGCCAUUUCAUAAUAUAGGACCUAGACUCUCAUUUGUAAACGUUCUAACCCUAGUUUAUAAUGGGGGAAAUUAUUCAGAUAUCAUUUUUAAAUGAAUUCCUACAAAUACAAUGGUUUUGAAAUUGGGUUUGCUAAAUAUAUAUACAUCUUUUCUUUCUUUGUGUAUGGAUAGAGCACGGUAUGCAUAUCUAUUGACACUAUAAAUAUAUAUAAAUCCUUAGAAGAAUUGUUCUUUUUUAAAGGUCUAUUAUUGGAUUCACAAUGCACUUUGAGUUUGAUUGUUUAGAUAUACAAUUCAGAGCAGAAGUUGGCAGAUACCACGGGAAAAACUUUCUGAAAUUUCUGUAACAAAUGUUUUGCAAUAAAAAAAAAACCUCAGUAGUUUAAAACAUGA